AUGGAAGAAGCAAGCACUAGUGAUUAUUGGAAGGGGCAUCCUAGGUUCACUUCAACUGGUACCAUUGAUGUCCCUGUUUUCUAUCCAACAAUUCAUGAAAUGAGAGAUUUUCCCACUUUUAUUGAUAAAAUUGAACAGAUGCAUCAUGCACAUCUUAUCUGUGGAAUUGUUAAGAUUGUUCCACCUCCGGAAUAUCACGCUCGUAAAUCUAAUGAUUAUUCGGAUGUUGAUAACUACAUCAUUGAACAGCCUGUGAAAGAAAAAAUUGAAGGAAGUGGUGGUAUUUAUACGAAAACAAACCGUCUUUUUCGCAAAUCGAUAUCAGUUCGCGAUUUCCGAGUACUGUGCGAUAAAAUGCGUUUGCCAAAAGAAGGCUUAUCUCCGGAAGAAGUAGAAAAAUAUUAUUGGAAAACAAUUUUGCAAGGCGAGCCAGUGUAUGGUGCCGAUACUCCUGGAUCGAUAUGUGAUCCUGAUUUAAAAGAAUUCAAUAUGAAUCAUUUGAAUACUGUUCUUGAUUUACUCGAUAAUUUUGAGAUCAAAAUCAAAGGUGUAAACACAGUAUACUUGUAUUUCGGCAUGUGGAAAACCACUUUUCCAUGGCAUACAGAAGAUAUGGAUUUAUAUUCAAUCAAUUAUUUGCAUUAUGGAGAACCUAAGUUUUGGUACGCUAUUGCUACUGAAUCAAACAGUCGUUUCGAAAGACUUGCAGCGCAGACAUUUCCGUCUGCUGCCAAGAAUUGCAAAUCGUUUCUUCGACAUAAAACAUUUAUGAUUUCACCUCAUGUCUUAAAACGCUAUAAUAUUAAAUUUGGUACCAUGGUUCAAUAUCCAAAUGAAUUUAUUAUAACAUUUCCUCGAGGUUAUCAUAUGGGCUUUAACAUGGGUUACAAUUGUGCAGAAUCUACGAACUUCGCUUCUGAUCGUUGGGUUGAUUUUGGGAAAAAUGCGUUGGUUUGCACUUGUCGUGCCGAUAAUGUUGAAAUUGAUAUGCGACCAUCUAUGAAACAGUUUCGCCCUGAUGAAUAUAAUAAAAAGAUGGUUCGUAAAUUGUGUUUAGGGAAAAACGCAUUGGUUUGUACUUGUCGUACUGAUAGUGUUGAAAUUGAUAUGCGACCAUUUAUGAAACAAUUUCGCCCUGAUGAAUAUGAUGGAUGGUUUAAAUAUUGGUAUGGGGAACGCAUCGUUAAAGAGAAAAAAAAAGUUUCUGCUUCUAAAAGGCAACCGAUUCAUAAUGAUUCUGCAGUUGAAAAAAAGAGGCGCCGCAUAAACCAGAUGAGUAAAGGUACUCGAGGUCCAUAUAUCGAAAUUUCUCAAGAUAGCGGCUCAGAUUCUAAUGAAGAUGAAAACACGCGAUUCAUGAACUCUAAAUCUAUGGCGGACCUGAUUUCAAACGACCAGUGGAAGAAAAAGGUUCGACUUCUUUGGUCAAAUUUGCCAAUAGAUUUUAAUGCUGAAAGGGAGUUUAAUAAUUGCCGCGCGAGCGAGUCACCCCAUUGUUCUGUAUGUCAAUACUUUGUGCCAAAACCGCUAUUAAUUAAACGUGACAGAAUUCCAGCAAGUUCUGUCCGGCUUAUAAGAAGAGCUUGGUAUGCAAAAGUUGAUCCAGAUCAAUGCGAUAUUGAUGAUAACGCAAUCGAAGAUCGUUUAUUGCGUUGUAGCAAUUGUUAUGUAGUUGUUCAUUUCGGUUGUUAUCCUGUUGGUAAUGUUCCAGCAGAUAUAAAUGAAUGGAAAUGUGCACGAUGUUGCCGACGUGAUGAUCUCAUGAUUCGUUUUGCCAGUUGUCAUCUUUGUGAGCUUCGUGGAGGUGCAUUAAUUCCGGCUAUGAAUAGCAGUGGCGAUUUUGUUCAUGUUAUAUGCGCAUUAUUAAACCGACGAACGAUAUUUGUCGAUCCUAUUCGAUUGGAUUUGGCUUAUACAAGGCCUUUUAAGAAACUCAGGGCUUCUGUUUUAUUUGAAAAUCGACCUAGUGCCGAAUAUUUAAAUGCAUCAGAUUUAAAUUCCGACCUAGGGAAAUUUGAAUGCGAAUACUGCUUAAAUUCAAGGGAAGGUUUGCUUAAAUGUGUCCUUUGUGAUGAUGUGUUGUUUCACGCAACCUGUGGGCGUUUGGCUGGUGUUUCCUAUGAAUUCCGUAAUUGGCCAGACUUGACUGUUGCAGUGUGUCCUGAUCACAAUGAAGUGGUGGAUAAUGCACCACCUUUGAUUGUUGGGGAUAAAGUAAGAGUUGCUGUUGAUGGGUCUCGCAAGAUGGUUAAAGGAAUGGUGUUGAAUAUUGAGUACCAUGAUUGCUGUACGAUUAGUUUUAUGGAUCGCAAUUGGAGUGAUGACGUAAUACCGUCAGAUAUAGUUGAAUGUGAAUGUGAUCGCAUAGGCUGUGGAGGAUUUCACGUUCCAGGUGCAAAGAUAAGAUUGAAGUGGGAUGAUGGGCUGAUAUAUGAUGGAGUUUUUCGUAACAGGUAUAAACGUGCAACUUAUAUAAUACAGUUAGCAGCAAAUUUUUCGAAGUUGCCUAAGAUUAUAAAAGUUGGGCGUGAUGCCAUAUUCGCUCGUGGCGAAAAGCCUGUAAAUUUAGAUGGUACUUGA